UGAUGAUCAGUGUGCCCUGAUGAUCAAUGUAGCCCCAGCAGUGCCACCUGUCAGUGUCCAUCAGUGCCUCGUGCCAGUGCCCAUCAGUGCCACAUCAAUGCCACAUAUCAGUGCCUACCAGUGCACAUCAAUGCCACAUAUCAGUGCCCAUCUGAGCUGCCUUUCAGUGUCACCCAUCAGUGCCAGUCAGUGCCACCUGUCAAUGCCAAUCAGUGCCACAUAUCAGUGCUGCCAAUCAGUGCCGCCUAUCGGUGCCAGUCAGUGCCACCUAUCAGUGCCAGUCAGUGCCGCCUAUCAGUGUGCCUAUCAGUGCCAGUCAGUGCCGCCUAUCAGUGCCAGUCUGUGCCACCUAUCAGUGCUGCCUAUCAGUGCCAUAUAUCAGUGCCAUGUAUCAGUGCUGCCUUUCAGUGCUCAUCAGUGAUGCCUGUCAAUGCCCAUCAGUGCAUCAGUGCCACCUACCAGUGCUUCCUCAUCAGUG